AUGGAUGUGGUGGAUGUCCAAGGCCUCAUCCUGUCUCCUGGUUUCCCCUAUAACUACUCCUCAGGGACCCACUGUGUCUGGCAGUUCUUUGUGCCCGUCGGCCACCAGCUCAUGCUGGAGAUAUUUGACUUUGAUGUGUUCGAGAGUCACGAAUCCGCGGCCCAAUAUGCUGCCAUCUCUGACUUGGAAGAGGACGAUGCUGAGGCUGACGAUGGGGCAACUAUCCCACCUGGGGGUCCCAUCACAGAUAAAGAUGCCACCGUAUCUCAGGCUCAGAGGGUCACAGCGAAAGCCCCCCGGUCCUCCUCCCAAAACGACAAGGUCAUGCAGGUGGUGGUGCAAGAGCAGUCCACCAAGAUGGAGAUAGCCAAAGUCUCCAACUCUGCUAAAAGGUCCACCUCCGAUGCCACCUCUGACCAUGCCUCCCCGCAGCCCCUCCCAGACCUCCUCCUACCAGGGGCCCAUGUACCAGGAGAGAAGGCAAUGAACUCAAUCACCUCUCCUCUCCUCAGAGGCAACACUGACCUUAACCCUAACCCCAGAGCAUCAGCCCCAGACCAAGUCCUGGCUGUGGUUGUAGACGAGGCCACCACUCAGACCCCUCUGCUCCCCACAGACACAGACACAGAGUCAGUGAGCCCUGAGACCCAGCAGUCUGUGGUGGACGCCUGCCCCCACGACGUCCUCUACAUCUCGGACCUCCUCACCUUCUCCUCGCGCUUCUGCGGCUCCAACCGGCCCUCCAGCAACCAGCUGGUGUUUGGCUCCAGCCAGGAGAUGGUAGAGGUCAUCAUGGAGUUGAUCACCACCACCCACUGGGGCCGCGGCUUCGCCCUGCUCUUUUACUACCACAACCGGACAGAACCAGGUGGAGAUGACCCCCGGCAUGCCUACGCCCCUACUGCGGCCAGCAAAAUAGACUCUCUGCUGGCUGCCAUGAGUGGAGCAGCCUUCUUUGCCAUGGUGCUCACCAGCGCUCUGUGUAUCAUAUUCAGGUAUGUAAAAGCAUGCAGAGAGCGUUAUUGUGAUAUGAUAUCCCUUUGUUACACACGUGUUGUGCUAUACAUAGGUUUCCCUGACUACCUGAGAUCAAACCAGCGCCUGAAAGAAUUGUGCCAGAACAUAUCCUUUUGUCCUACACGCUUUGUAAUGGCUUUCCCUAUUGACUCCCAGAGACAUAAUGUUCUCAAGCAUAAACAAACAAGACAGUGCACAAUGGGAAUGACUGUCCCUUUAUGAACCUUGUGGGUCACCUGUGCAACAUCUUCAGGUACAUUAAAGCAAGGCAUGCAGAAAGAAUGGAGUCAUAAAGAUACCUUUGUCAAACAUGUUUUGUGCUAUAAAUACAUUUCCCUGACAACCUGAGACAAGCAUAAACAUAAACAAGACCGUGCACAUUCUGCACAAUGGGAAGAAUUGUCCUUUUAUGACCCUCUUGGGUCUUAAUUUCCUUGGAAACUGGCACAGUGCUUUUCCUUUGAGAUGGCACAACUGUUGGGUCUUUGAUGUUGGCCAGUGUGACGAAGUUUCCUCCCAUGAAUGAGAUGGUAGCCGUGAAUGGGAUAGUUUGCCAGUCAGUCCUCCUCCAGCACACAGUGUGCUGCUACUGCUGUGGAUGGGCUGGCUGUUGCCUCAACUGGAGGCCUUGGUCAGUCCCUGAUUCACACACAGGUUAUUGAGAAUAACCAAUAAUAUAUUUCUACUGUACAACCCAUUUCACAGAGCUGUAUUGUGGUACAGUAUAUCAUAAAGUAUUGUGUGUAUUUUCAUUUUUUAAACAGCAACAAAUUCUGUUGUCAAAAAAAGAGUGCUUUCAAGUUGAGUUGGGUUGACUAGAUUGAGGAGAAUUUGCAUAGAGAUGUUUAUCUUUAUGGGAAUUUGAACCUUCCUGGAGGGAACUAGAGAGGUGAAUCAGGCCAGUAGAUUAAACGGUGAUGCUCAUUUAGUCACCCGGCAUGGAUGAUAUUACACCCUGCGAAAACUGAUACUGAUGCUAAUGUUGUCUCCUCAUGGGAUCGACCGAGGGAACAACCUGUAAAUUACACCUUUUGAUAUGUUGUUCUUGUUCUACUAAACAACCACAAUGGCACCUAGACGGGACAGUGGCUCACAGCACAGCAGCACGAGGUUCUCCGCUCUCCUUGUUUUCCCUCGGCUCGCUUUUGUAUGGCUGUGUUUCUCUGUCCAUUGGAAUCGAUGCCAGGUGCUGCACCUCGAACGGCCCUCUCUCGCUCACGCUCUCAUACCCAUAAUUGAGGACUGGAUAAUAUCAACAUAACAGUGAGUGUCCUUUGAGCACAAUAAGCCCAUUAGUACAGUUCUUACUUCUUGCUGUUAAUGAAAGGGAAAUUGAAAACACACUUCUAAUAAAAUGAAAGACUUCCAGGAACAACAACACAUGCAUAAAACAUGAUCAGGAAGCCAAGGAGGGCAUUGCCAUCAUGCAUAAAAUAGCCAUGCAUGGUUAGAGAAAUCCCCCAUGCAUGUUUGAGAGAAGUUACAGUUGUAUUAGUCUCGUCCUGGGGCCAUGUUUUUAAUUGUGCCAAAAAUGUAUACACAAAAGCAUUUAGAUCUCAGUUAUUGAACAUAAUCACUUUAAGUCAACACUUUCACUGUUAUGUUGAUAUUAUCCAGUCCUCAAUUAUGGGUAUGCAAUUAUACUGAUGCCUUUAUAGUGAGACCACCCCAGAUAGUGUAGUUUAUGGCAUUACAUGGGUUUAGCUACUAGAGCCGUCCUUGAGAGAAACAACCUGGGGCAAGUUUAGGCUGUUUGUAUGUAGUGAGUCAGCUAGCUAGACUCUGAUUAUGUUUGUAAGAAGAACUUCAGUGAAGGCAAUCUAUUCUGUUCCAGUUUCUAAUUGUGGGAGAAUGUUGAUUUUGUACAUUUUCUUUGUCAAAUUUGGAGAGCAGUUGCUCUAAAUAAGACAAGCUUUCACAAAUAGCAUGAAAGAAAAUGUCGCCAAAAGUCAAGAAAGUAAACAACAUGCAUAAAAGAAAGGAUGCUAAUGGUUUUCAAAGAUAUGUUAAACAGUCAAAAAACGCAUAACUGAAAUGUUGUGGCUCUUUUUUGUUUUCCAGACCUAAACUAUGUCCGAAAAGAGCCAGUUCCUGCUCAUCCAACAACUCUGAGGUAAACGGAUAAAGACCCCUGUCUGUCUGGACAUUCCUUUGUAGGCUAACUUCUGACUGGGAUCAGGGAACAUUUCCUUCAUAUCCUCUAGACCAGGGAUGGGCAAUUUUGAAGGGGGUUGGUGCCACAAAAAAUCAGCAGUGGCUCGCGGGUCUGCGUACCCACAUCCAUACCCACACACGCAGUCAGAGCCAGUCCUAGCCUUAUGGGGGCCCUAAGUAAAAAUGUGCAGUUUUACAGCUAAUUUCCUGCAAUUCUAAGCAUUAUAUCUGAGUGAGAGUGACUAACAAAAUCAUUGGGGGCCUCCUCAGUUGGUAAUUCGACCAUGAUUACAAAGUUUAGAUAGCUGGCUAGACUAAUUUACCAAUAAAUUAAUUAAUUGCUGACAUGGGCUGAGUGAUUAUAUAUAUAUAUAUAUAUAUAUAUAUAUAUAUAUAUAUAUAUAUAUAUAUAUAUAUAUAUAUAUAUAUAUAUAUAAAUAAUUACAGAAUAUCAGCUGACUGCUUCUUCCCUUAAUAGUUAUUGCAUAGUUUGGAGCUGUGCUUUGGGUCAUUGUCCUGUUGUAGGUGGAAAUUGGCACCAAUCAAGCGCCGUCCACAGGGUAUGGGAUGGCGUUGCAAAAUGGAGUGAUAGCCUUCCUUCUUCAAGAUCCCUUUUACCCUGUACAAAUCUCCCACUUUACCACCACCAAAGCACCCCCAGACCAUCACAUUGUCUCCACCAUGCUUGACAGACUGCAUCAAGCACUCCUCCAGCAUCUUUUCAUUUGGUCUGUGUCUCACAAAUGUUAUUCUUUGUGAUCCGAACACCACAAACUUUGAUUCGUCUGUCCAUAACACUUUUUUCCAAUCUUCCUCUGUCCAGUGUCUGUGUUCUUUUGUCAAUCUUAAUCUUUUCUUUUUAUUGGCCAGUCUAAGAUAUGGCUUUUUCUUUGCAACUCUGCCUAGAAGGUCAGCAUCCCGGAGUCGCCUCUUCACUGUUGACGUUGAGACUGGUGUUUUGCGGGGUACUAUUUAAUGAAGCUGCCAGUUGAGGACCUGUGAGGCGUCUGUUUCUCAAACUAGACACUAAUGUAUUUGUCCUCUUGCUCAGUUGUGCACCGGGGCCUCCCACUCCUCUUUCUAUUCUGGUUAGAGCCAGUUUGCACUGUUCUAUGAAGGGAGUAGUACACAGCGUUGUACAAGAUCUUCAGUUUCUUGGCAAUUUCUCGCAUGGAAUAGCCUUCAUUUCUCAGGACAAGAAUAGACUGAAGAGUUUCAGAAGAAAGUUCUUUGUUUCUGGCCAUUUUGAGCCUGUAAUUGAACCCACAAUUGCUGAUGCUCCAGAUACUCAACUAGUCUCAAGAAGGCCAGUUUUAUUGCUUCUUUAAUAAGCACAACAGUUUUCAGCUGUGCUAACAUAAUUGCAAAAGGGUUUUCUAAUGAUCAAUUAGCCUUUUAAAAUGAUAAACUUGGAUUAGCAAACACAACGUGCCAUUGGAACACUGGUUGCUGAUAAUGGGCCUCUGUACGCCUAUGUAGAUAUUCCAUUAAAAAUCAGCCAUUUCCAGCUACAAUAGCAAUUUACAACAUUAACAAUGUCUACACUCUGAUCAAUUUGAUGUUAUUUUAAUGGACCAAAAAAUUUCUUUCGAAAACAAGGACAUUUCAAAGUGACCCCAAACUUUUGAACGGUAGUGUAUGUAUGUAUAUAUAUAUAUAUAUAUAUAUAUAUAUAUAUAUAUAUAUAUACAGUACCAGUCAAAAGUUUGGACACACCUACUAAUUCCAGUUUUUUUUUUUUUUUUUUACUAUUUUCUACAUGGUAGAAUAAUAGUGAAGACAUCAAAACUAUGAAAUAACACAUAUGGAAUUAUGUAGUAACCAAAAAGGUGUUAAACAAAUGAAAAUAUAUUUUAUAUUUGAGAUUCUUCAAAUAGCCACCCUUUGCCUUGAUGACAGCUUUGCACACUCUAGGCAUUCUCUCAACCAGCUUCACCUGGAAUGCUUUUCCAACAGUCUUGAAGGAGUUCCCACAUAUGCUGAGCACUUGUUGGCUGCUUUUCCUUCACUCUGCCGUCCGACUCAUCCCAAACCAUCUCAAUUGGGUUGAGGUCGGGGGAUUGUGGAGGCCAGGUCAUCUGAUGCAGCACUCCAUCACUCUCCUUCUUGGUAAAAUAGCCCUUACACAGCCUGGAGGUGUGUUGGGUCAUUGUCCUGUUGAAAAACAAAUUAUAGUCCCACUAAGCCCAAACCUGAUGGGAUGGCGUAUCGCUGCAGAAUGCUGUGGUAGCUAUGCUGGUUAAAUGUGCCUUGAAUUCUAAAUAAAUCACUGACAGUGUCACCAGCAAAGCACCCCCACACCAUAACACCUCCUCCUCCAUGCUUUACGGUGGGAACUACACAUGCGGAGAUCAUCCGUUCACCCACACUGCGUCUCACAAUGACACAGCGGUUGGAACCAAAAAUCUUCAAUUUCGACUCCAGACCAAAGGACAAAUUUCCACCGGUCUAAUGUCCAUUGCUCGUGUUUCUUGUCCCAAGCAGGUCUCUUCUUAUUAUUGGUGUCCUUUAGUAGUGGUUUCUUUGAAGCAAUUCAACCAUGAAGGCCUGAUUCACACAGUCCCCUCUGAACAGUUGAUGUUGAUGUGUCUGUGACUUGAACUCUGUGAAGCAUUUAUUUGGGCUGCAAUUUCUGAGGCUGGUAACUCUAAUGAACUUAUCCUCUGCAGCAGAGGUAACUCUGGGUCUUCCAUUCCUGUGAGAGACAGUUUCAUCAUAGCGCUUGAUGGUUUUUGCAACUGCACUUGAAGAAACGUUCAAAGUUCUUGAAAUGUUCCGUAUUGACUGACCUUCAUGUCUUAAAGUAAUGAUGGACUGUCGUUUCUCUUUGCUUAUUUGAGCUGUUCUUGCCAUAAUAUGGACUUGGUCUUUUACCAAAUAGGGCUAUCUUCUGUAUAUCCCCCCUACCUUGUCACAACACAACUGAUUGGCUCAAACACAUUAAGAAGGAAAGAAAUUCCACAAAUUAACCUUUAAGAAGGCACACCUGUUAAUUGAAAUGCAUUCCAAGUGACUACCUCAUGAAGCUGGUUGAGAGAAUGUCAAGCGUGUGCAAAGCUGUCAUCAAGGCAAAUGGUGGCUCCUUUGAAGAAUCUCAAAUAUAAAAUAUAUUUUGAUUUGUUUAACACUGUUGGUUACUACAUGAUUCCAUAUGUGUUAUUUAAUAGUUUUGAUUUCUUCACUAUUAUUCUACAAUGUAAAAAAUAGUAAAAAUAAAGAAAAACACUGGAAUGAGUAGGUGUGUCCAAACUUUUGACUGGAACUAUAUAUAUAUAUAUAUAUUUACUGAACAGAAAUAUAAACACAACAUGCAACAAUGUCAAAGAUUUUUCUGAGUUACAGUUCAUGUAAGGUAAUCAGUCAAUUGAAAUAAAUUAAUUAGGCCCUAAUCUAUGGAUUUAACAUGACUGGGCAGGGGCACAGCCAUGGGUGGGCCUGGGAGCGCAUAGGCCCACCCACAAUCAGAAUGAGUUUUUCCCCACAAAAGGGAUUAAUUACUUACAGAAAUACUCCUCAGCACCCUGACCCACCUGCCCUCAGACGAUCCCGCAGGUGAAGAAGCCGGAUGUGGAGGUCCUGGUUACACGUGGUCUGCUGUUGUGAGGCCGGUUGGACGUACUGCCAAAUUCUCUAAAACGACGUUGGAGGCGGUUUUGGUAGAGAAAUUAACAUUCAAUUAUCUGGAAACAGCUCUGGUGGACAUUCCUGCAGUCAGCAUUCCAAUUGCACGGUCCCUCAAAACUUGAGACAUCUGUGGCAUUGUGUUGCAUGACAAAACUGCACAUUUUAGAGUGGCCUUGUAUUGUCCCCAGCACAAGGUGCACCUGUGUAAUGAUCAUGCUGUUUAAUCAGCUUCUUGAUAUGCCGCACCUGUCAGGUGGAUGGAUUGUCUUGACAAAGGAUAAAACGCUAACUAACAGGGAUGUUAACAAAUUUGUGCACAACAUUUGAGAGAAACAAGCUUUUUGUGCGUAUGGAACAUUUCUGGGAUCUUUUAUUUCAGCUCAUGAAACAUGGGACCAGCACUUUACAUGUGGCGUUUAUAUUUUUGUUCAGUGUAUUUAUUUAUUUUUCUAAUUGCACCUUGGGUAUUCUACUAUUCUAACUCUCAACAGUAAGUUGAGACCGCGACUGAGUUCUUAAAAAUAAAAAUCCCCCACCCCAAAAAAAAUAUUUUGGGGGGGGGAAUUGAUCCGUGGGCCUACAAAAGGUGGGCCAUGCGGCCCGCCAGUUGCCAAUCCCUGCUCUAAACUACAGACACUGGAGCAAAUACAAAUACCCUACACUGGCCUGGUGCUCUUGUUGUCCAACUUCUCCCACGCAAGGCAGGCAGCCCCAGAUGUAGACAGGUUCACUAAAGGUCAGACUGACUAACACCCAUAAAGCAGAACUGGACAAGUUACGUUUCCCUAUUUUCUAGUCAUGAGAUGAAUUUGUCAUUGAGGUGUCAAAAUGUGUCCAUCUGGGAUUGAACUUUAGUGUGCUAAAAAAAGAAGAAAAACAGUCCUACACAAGUUCUGGCCACUUUAAGCAUCUUAUUGCCACUAGAUAAUAAUAAUAAUAAUAAUAAUAGGCCAUUUAGCAGACGCUUUUAUCCAAAGCGACUUAGAUCAUUAUACCGACUGGUUAUCAAAACAUUUGAUUAAUUGACGAGAACAACUUCAGUUCAUAUGGCUGUAUUUCAUAGUGUUGUGCAGCCCUACUCCGUUGGUGUAUGUGGAGUGGUAGGUUUGUGUAGUAGUACUUGCUGACUCUAAACUGUACUGACUGCUGUAGGUGCAGGAGGGAGUGCAGAACUCUGGAGCUGAUGUCCGUGAACUGCAGCUGGUGACUCCUAAUCAGCCCGGCCUGGAGGUCCCUGGCCCUGCAGAGAACGACAACAACAACCACUCUCUCAGCCUCACACACAGAGGUGGGUAUACGCACGUGGGCAGGCUCACGCGCACACACACACACAAAACACACACACUCCAUCUACUUUCUCUCUCCCUCUAACACUCCCCUGUUUUUCCCUCUCUGCUUGUGCUCCAGCCGCCUAGCCUAGUCUAGUCAAUCCCCUCGCUCCGCCUGCCCUGCGCCCCGUCUCUUUCUCUCUCCAUGAUCGAGGGGUUGACAAUGACUUUAUCUGCCCCUAAACUGAACUUACAUGUUCAGCGUAAAUGGGACACUUAUUUCAUUACGCUCUGAAACUAUGACCGAAAAAUGGUACACUGGGUCUGACUGUCAGACCUCCAAAACAUAGUAAUAGAGCUGGCAGGAUUCUACCACAUACUGAAUUAUCUCAUGGUCUCAUGGCCAUAUAAUGGCUCUAAAUCAGGGGUGUGAAACAUACGUCCCGCAAGGGGGUCCAAUCUGGCCCGUGGGUGGUUUAAAAAUGUUUAUUUUUGGGGGGCGGGAGGAAACAAAGUCGAUAUACUUUCAAAUGACUAAAACCAAAUCAAAAUUAUAAUGGACCUACAUUAAUAAAGUUUCUUGACUGUGUCCAGUUUGCUAAUAAACACCUUAAUAAAAGCUAGACAGUCAAAGCAUCGAAAAUUCAAAAAUCUAUGGAUAGAGGACAAUUAUUUAGCAAAUUUUGACAGCAAGGAAAUAUAACACAUUUUCAGUAUGUCCCUCUGAACCUUGUUGAAUACCGAAUGUGGCCCCCGGGGCGUACUUUACUACGCUUUUUGAUCAGCUCUGUGUCAUGCGCCUGACUUCGCCUACCGCAUUACACUGACGCCUUGACAGAAACACGCACAUAAUAUGGAGUCAGCAGGUACAGCAAUGCCAGCCGGAUCGAUGGAGGAACGCGUCCAACAACAAGCGGCCAUAAUCCAGGCUCUCGGCACCGCUAUGGAACGAGUGGUUAAUACAAUGGAGCGAUGGGAGAGAGGAGGUAUCCCUAUACCUCCUCCAAUUACACCACCACCAACACCGCUGUCCACCUCUUCACCAUCUGGGUCCAGUGGGAUUCGGCUCUCGCUCCCGAGGGCUUAUGACGGUACAGCUGCCGGGUGUCAGGGUUUUCUGCUCCAGGUAGAGCUCUACCUGGCAACCAUCCACCCGGCUCCCUCGGGAUACAAGAGCGUGUCCGCCCUCAUCUCCUGUCUGUCCGGUAAGGCGCUCGAGUGGGCCAACGCCGAGUGGGGGGGAAUAGAUGCCACAACUGUAAGCUAUGCAGAGUUUACCCGCCGCUUUAGGGCGUUAUUCGAUCAUCCACCAGAGGGGAGAGCGGCGGGUGAGCGUCUAUUCCACCUCAGACAGGGGAAGAGGAGCGCGCAGGAGUUUGCACUGGACUUUCGGACUCUGGCUGCCAGCGCAGGAUGGAAUGAGAGGGCCCUCAUCGACCACCACCGUUGCAGCUUAAGGGAGGACUUUCGUCAGGAACUGGCCUGCAGGGACACCAACCUAAACCUGGAUCAACUGGUGGAUAUGUCAAUCCGACUGGAUAACCUGGUGGCCACCCGCGGACGUCCGGAUCAGGGGCCGUCCAUUCCAUCCCCCAGCACCUCCGACCCUACCCCUAUGGAGCUCGGAAGUGCUGCUCUGAGGGAGACCGGUAGAGGGGCCGUCCCCUGCACCAACUGUGGCCGCUGAGGACACACUGCUGGUCGGUGCUGGGGAGGGCCUUCAAGGAGUCGAGGCAGUAGGCAGAGCACUGGUGGACUGUUUCAGGUGAGUAGGCACCCAACUCACCCAGAGCUCCCUGUUGCGCAUAUGUGUAUAGAUGUUGUAUUUCCAGAGUUUUCUUCUCAUUCCCAGCAUAAGGCGCUAGUAGAUUCAGGCGCAGCUGGGAACUUUAUUGAUCGUCAGUUUACCCGUAGGUUAGGGAUUCCUAUUGUGCCCGUUGAUGUGCCCUUCCCUAUACAUGCCCUAGAUAGUCGCCCUUUAGGGUCAGGUCUGAUUAGGGAGGUCACAGCUCCACUCUGGAUGAAGACGCAGGAGGGGCAUGAGGAAACAAUUUGUCUAUAUCUGAUUGAUUCUUGGGGCUUCCCUGGUUAACCUCUCAUGACCCCACUAUUUCAUGGCAACAGAGGGCUCUCAAGGGAUGGUCUAGUCAGUGCUCGGGGAGGUGUGUAGGUGUUUCCGUAGGGGCAACUACGGUGGAAAGUCCAAACCAGGUUUCCACCAUGCACAUUCCGCCUGAAUAUGCCGAUUUGGGCUCUCGCCUUCUGUAAAAAGAAACCUCCAGGUAGGGGCUGCGCUUCCCCGGAGUCACGUGUAUCCUCUGUCACAGGAGGAGACGGCGGCUAUGGAGACAUAUGUCACCGAAUCUCUGAGGCAAGGAUACAUCCGGCCUUCCACUUCCCCUGUUUAAUCGAGUUUCUUUUUCGUGAAGAAGAAGGAUGGUGGCUUACACCCGUGCAUUGACUACCGUGGUCCUAUUCAGAUCACUGUAAAAUACAGCUAUCCACUACCUCUGAUUGCUAGUAUGACGGAGUCAUUGCACGGGGCGCGCUUCUUCACGAAAUUGGAUCUCAGAAGCGCGUACAACCUGGUGCGUAUCCGGGAGGGAGUUGAGUGGAAGACAGCAUUCAGUACCACCUCUGGUCACAAUGAGUACCUCGUCAUGCCAUACGGUUUGAUGAAUGCUCCAUCAGUCUUCCAAUCCUUUGUUGAUGAGAUUUUCAGGGACCUGCACGGACAGGGUGUAGUGGUGUAUAUAGAUGACAUUCUCAUAUACUCCGCUACACGGGCCGAGCAUGUGUCCCUGGUGCGUCAGGUGCUUGGUCGACUGUUGGAGCAUGACCUGUAUGUGAAGGCGGAGAAAUGUCUGUUCUUCCAAGAGUCCAUCUCCUUCCUAGGACACCGCCUAUCCGCGUCAGGUGUGGAGAUGGAGAUUGACCACAUUUCGGCCGUGCGUAAUUGGCCGACUCCAACCACGGUGAAGGAGGUGCAGCGAUUCUUGGGUUUUGCCAACUACUACCGGAGGUUUAUCCAGGGCUUUGGUCAGGUAGCGGCUCCCAUUAUCUCCUUGCUGAAGGCAGGACCGGUGCGUCUACAGUGGUCAGCUGAGGCAGACAGGGCUUUUGGUCAUCUGAAGGACCUGUUUACUUCGGCUCCAGUGCUGGCUCAUCCGGAUCCCUCCUUGGCAUUCCAGGUUGAGGUGGACGCGUCCGAGGCUGGGAUAGGAGCUGUACUGUCUCAGCGCUCGGGUACGCCACCGAGGUUCGCGAUCGAUUUAUCUAUUGGGCUCACACGUCACCCUCCUCUGGUCAUCCUGGCAUCGGUCGGACAGUGCACUGUCUUAGUGGGAAGUACUGGUGGCCCACUUUAGCCAAGGACGUGAGGGUUUAUGUUUCCUCCUGCUCGGUGUGCGCCCAGUGUAAGGCACCUAGACACCUGCCCAGAGGGAAGUUACAACCCCUACCCGUUCCACAACGGCCGUGGUCCCACCUAUCGGUGGAUUUUGUUACGGACCUUCCUCCCUCACAAGGGAACACCACGAUCCUGGUCGUUGUGGAUCGGUUUUCUAAGUCCUGCCGUCUCAUUCCUAUGCCAGGUCUCCCUACAGCCCUACAAACUACUGAGGCCCUAUUUACACACGUCUUCCGGCACUACGGGGUACCUGAGGAUAUUGUGUCGGAUCGGGGUCCCCAGUUCACCUCAAGGGUCUGGAGGGCCUGACCUCAGGUUUUCACCCCGAGAGUAAUGGGCAGGUGGAAAGAGUCAACCAGGAUGUGGGUAGGUUUCUGCGGUCAUAUUGCCAGGACCGGCAGGGGGAGUGGUCAGCUUAUAUCCCCUGGGAAGAGAUGGCCCAAAACUCACUCCGCCACUCCUCUACUAACCUUACUCCUUUCCAGUGUGUGUUAGGUUAUCAGCCGGUCCUGGCACCUUGGCAUCAGAGCCAGAUCGAGGCUCCUGCGGUGGAUGAGUGGUUUCGGCGCUCGGAAGAGACCUGGAACGCUGCUCAUGUACACCUGCAGCGGGCCAUCAGGCGAAAAAAGGCGAACGCCGAUCGCCACCGCAGUGAGGCCCCGGUGUAUGCACCGGGGGACCGGGUCUGGCUCUCGACCCGAAACCUGCCCCUUCGCCUGCCCUGCCAGAAACUGGGUCGGCGGUUUGUGGGGCCAUUUAAAGUCCUGAGGAGAUUGAACGAGGUUUGUUAUAGGUCAAAUCAAAUCAAAUCAAAUUUUAUUGGCCACAUGCACCGAAUACAACAGGUGCAGACAUUACAGUGAAAUGCUUACUUACAGCCCUUAACCAACAGUGCAUUUAUUUUAAAUAAAAAAGUAGAAUAAAACAACAAAAAAGUGUUGAGAAAAAAAGAGCAGAAGUAAAAUAAAAUAACAGUAGGGAGGCUAUAUAUACAGGGGGGAUACCGGUGCAGAGUCAAUGUGCGGGGGCACCGGCUAGUUGAGGUAGUUGAAGUAAUAUGUACAUGUGGGAAGAGUUAAAGUGACUAUGCAUAAAUACUUAACAGAGUAGCAGCAGCGUAAAAAGAUGGGGUGGGGGGGGGGCAGUGCAAAUAGGCCAGGUAGCCAUGAUUAGCUGUUCAGGAGUCUUAUGGCUUGGGGGUAGAAGCUGUUGAGAAGUCUUUUGGACCUAGACUUGGCACUCCGGUACCGCUUGCCGUGCGGUAGCAGAGAGAACAGUCUAUGACUAGGGUGGCUGGAGUCUUUGACAAUUUUGAGGGCCUUCCUCUGACACCUCCUGGUAUAGAGGUCCUGGAUGGCAGGAAGCUUGGCCCCAGUGAUGUACUGGGCCGUACGCACUACCCUCUGUAGUACCUUGCGGUCGGAGGCCAAGCAGUUGCCAUACCAGGUGGUGAUGCAACCAGUCAGGAUGCUCUCGAUGGUGCAGCUGUAGAGGUUUUUGAGGAUCUGAGGACCCAUGCCAAAUCUUUUCAGUCUCCUGAGGGGGAAUAGGCUUUGUCGUGCCCUCUUCACGACUGUCUUGGUGUGUUUGGACCAUGAUAGUUUGUUGGUGAUGUGGACACUAAGGAACUUGAAGCUCUCAACCUGUUCCACUACAGCCCCGUCGAUGAGAAUGGGGGCGUGCUCAGUCCUCUUUUUUUUUCCUGUAGUCCACAAUCAUCUCCUUUGUCUUGGUCACGUUGAGGGAGAGGUUGUUAUCCUGGCACCACACGGCCAGGUCUCUGACCUCCUCCCUAUAGGCUGUCUCAUCGUUGUCGGUGAUCAGGCCUACCACUGUUGUUUUGUCGGCAAACUUAAUGAUGGUGUUGGAGUCGUGCAUGGCCAUGCAGUCAUGGGUGAACAGGGAGUACAGUAGGGGACUGAGCACGCACCCCUGAGGGGCCCCCGUGUUGAGGAUCAGUGUGGCAGAUGUGUUGUUACCUACCCUUACCACCUGGGGGCGGCCCGUCAGGAAGUCCAGGAUCCAGUUGCAGAGGGAGGUGUUUAGUCCCAGGAUCCUUAGCUUAGUGUUGAGCUUUGAGGGCACUAUGGUUUUGAAUGCUGAGCUGUAGUCAAUUAAUAGCAUUCUCAUGUAGGUGUUCCUCUUGUCCAGGUGGAAAAGGGCAGUGUGGAGUGCAAUAGAGAUUGCAUCAUCUGUGGAUCUGUUGGGGCGGUAUGCAAAUUGGAGUGGGUCUAGGGUUUCUGGGAUAAUGGUGUUGAUGUGAGCCAUGACCAGCCUUUCAAAGCACUUCAUGGCUACAGACGUCAGUGCUACGGGUCGGUAGUCAUUUAGGCAGGUUAUCUUAGAGUCCUUGGGCACAGGGACUAUGGUGGUCUGCUUGAAACAUGUUAGUAUUACAGACUCAGUGAGGGACAUGUUGAAAAUGUCAGUGAAGACACUUGCCAGUUGGUGAGCACAUGCUCGGAGUACACGUCCUGGUAAUCCAUCUGGCCCUGCGGCCUUGUGAACAUUGACCUGCUUAAAAGUCUUACUCACAUCGGCUACGGAGAGCGUGAUCACAUAGUCAUCCGGAACAGCUGGUGCUUUCAUGCAUGCUUCAGUGUUGCUUGCCUCGAAGCGAGCAUAGAAGUGGUUUAGCUCGUCUGGAAGUCUUGUGUCAUUGGGCAGCUCACGGCUGUGCUUCCCUUUGUAGUCUGUAAUAGUUUUCGAUCCCUGCCACAUCCGACGAGCGUCAGAGCCGGUGUAGUACGAUUCAAUCUUAGUCCUGUAUUGACUCUUUGCCUGUUUGAUGGUUCGUCGGAGGGCAUAGCGGGAUUUCUUAUAAGCGUCCGGGUUAGAGUCCCGCUCCUUGAAAGCGGCAGCUCUACCCUUUAGCUCAGUGCGGAUGUUUCCUGUAAUCCAUGGCUUCUGGUUGGGGUAUGUACGUACGGUCACUGUGGGGACGACAUCAUCGAUGCACUUAAUGAUGAAGCCAGUGACUGAUGUGUUGUACUCCUCAAUGCUAUCUGAAGAAUCCCGGAACAUGUUCCAGUCUGUGCUAGCAAAAUAGUCCUGUAGCUUAGCAUCUGCGUCAUCUGACCACUUUUUUAUUAACCGAGUCACUGGUGCUUCCUGCUUUAGUUUUUGCUUUUAAGCAGGAAUCAGGAGGAUAGAGUUAUGGUCAGAUUUGCCAAAUGGAGGACGAGGGAGAGCUUUGUAUGCGUCUCUGUGUGUGGAGUAAAGGUGGUCUAGAGUUUUUUUUUCCUCUGGUUGCACAUUUAACAUGCUGGUAGAAAUUAGGUAGAACGGAUGUAAGUUUCCCUGCAUUAAAGUCCCCGGCCACUAGGAGCGCUGCCUCUGGAUGAGCGUUUUCCUGUUGACGUAUGGCCUUAUACAGCUCAUUCAGUGCAAUCUUAAUGCCAGCAUUGGUUUGUGGUGGUAAAUAGACAGCUAUGAAAAAUAUAGAUGAAAACUCUCUUGGUCAAUAGUGUGGUCUACAGCUUAUCAUAAGAUACUCUACCUCAGGCGAGCAAAACCUCGAGACUUCCUUAGUAUUUGAUUUUGUGCACCAGCUGUUGUUUACAAAUAUACACAGACCGCCACCCCUUGUCUUACCGGAGUCAGCCGUUCUAUCCUGCCGAUGUAGCGUAUAGCCCGCUAGCUGUAUGUUGUCCAUGUCGUCGUUCAGCCACGACUCGGUGAAACAUAAAAUAUUACAGUUUUUAAUGUCCCGUUGGUAGGAUAACCGUAAUCUUAGGUCAUCCAAUUUAUUCUCAAAUGAUUGAAGAUUGGCUAAUAGGAUUGAUGGGAGCAGCAGUUUACUCGCUCGCCGUCGGAUCCUUACAAGGCACCCUGACCUACGUCCACGAUAUCUCCAUCUCUUUCUCAUGCGAAUGACGGGGAUUUGGGCCUUGUCGGGUGUCUGUAGGAUAUCCUUUGUGGCCGCCUCGUUGAAUAAAAAAUCUUCGUCCAAUACGAGGUGAGUAAUCGCUGUCCUGAUAUCCAGAAGCUCUUUUUGGUUAUAAGAGACGAUGGCAGAAACAUUAUGUACAAAAUAAAUUACAAAUAACGCGGAAAAACACACAUAAUAGUACAAUUGGUUAGAGGGCUGUAAAACGGCAGCCAUCUUCUCCGGCUUCCUCUUAAUUACUGUAUUAACCCCUCGUUCCAUGUGUCUCUCCUCAGGCCGGUAGUAGCUGGUCCACUCCAGGAGUCUGAGGUACGGAAGGUUCCUCAGCCCCCACUGGACAUCGAGGGGGCACCGGCGUACUCGGUCCGGUCCAUCUUGGAUUCGAGGCGUCGGGUGGGGGGCCUGCAGUAUCUCGUGGAGUGGGAGGGGUACGGUCCGGAGGAACGGUGCUAGCAUCCUCGAUAUCUCCAUGUUGAGGGAUUUCCGCCCUGCUCCGCGUCCUCCUGGCCGUCCCCGAGGCCGGGGUCGGCGCACGGCUGGAGCCGCGCGUCAAGGGGGGGUACUGUCACGAAUUCAGCCGAGGCUGCCCCUCCUCCUUGCUCGGGCAGGCUUCAGCGUUCGUCGUCACCGCAGUACUAGCUACUACCGAUCCAUGUGUCUAUGUUCGACUUGUUUUGUCUUUAUUGGUCAUGCCUGUUUCCCAUCAUGUAGUUAUGUCUUCCCUAUUUACCCUCUGUCUCACACUGUGUGUUGUGCGUGUUUGUUCAUGUUUUGGUUGUCGUUAGUGUGCAGGUUUGUUUCCUACCUGCGUGGAGGUUUUGUUCAUACAUUUUGUUCUACGAGUAAAGUACGCUUUUUGACCAGCUCUGUGUCCUGCGCCUGACUUCGCCUACCGCAUUACACUGACGCUUUGACAGCAGCAUUAGAAGUCUCAAUGGAAAAUGGCUUUAGUUUUGGAGUAACACUGGGUUUAUCCCAGAACAAUCCAAAGUCUCGCUCAUUGUUGCUGAGCCCACAGAGAGACUUACAGGUCAUGACAUUUAACCUAUAUAACAGCGUGAGAGCUUUUGGAACACCAUGUUUCUCCUCUCACUGAGUUCAACGAUGUCACUAUGAGUUAACAGGAAUAUGAGUGGACAAGUACAGUGGCUACACAGUGUACUGGGUGCACAGUGCAGUCAUUUACAGUAGCCUAUGGAGACCAAUCUGUAACACUCCAUUUCAAGUGCUCUUUUAGGGACAAUACAUCUGACUGUUCAAUGUAGCAAUGUUUUAAUUGUAGGCUAUCUGUCACCAUACAAGUAUAUGAUUAAUAAAACCACUUUCCCUUUUCUUUCCCAGGUUCCCCAGAAAGUGUUGGUGGUGAUAUGUCCCAGCAUGCUGAAGUGGACCUCUCAUCCAAUGGUCUCACAGAACUGGACUUGGGGUCAGAUGAGGUGUUUAUCAUUUCGUCUGUGCCUAAUCCAAGCAGCAGACUGCCGUUCUCGGCCCACACGGUAAGGAGCGAGGCAAGGCAGGUAACCCAGAACCCAGGUGAGGACCCAUGGUGGUGCUUUCCUCUAGGGUGACACCCAAGCAGUAGCAGGGAACCCAGGCUAGGGCCUUGGUGGUGCCCUCUUCUAGGGGUGACACUCAGGCAGUAGAGAGAACCCAGGCUAGGACCCGCUCUAGGGGUGGGUGACACCCAGGCAGAAGGCCCCGUCCUGCCAAGUAUUUUUUCCUUGAAUUCGCAACCCUCUGCUGGUAAUAGCUAUGAACCACACCGCCUGGUGGUCGAGGUGUCAGAGUAUAGAAACACAGUGACAGGGGAUUGGCUGUAGGAGAGGGUUUGAUACAGCAUUUUUGCUUGUGCUCUAUUGGAAUAAGAGUUGGCAUAAGGCAGGCCUGGCAGCUAUUAGGGAGCUGGCGAGCUUUCCUGCAGCCUAGCCUAAUGGAUGUAUUAUCUGUGAAGCCAGUUUCCCAGCUCUAAUUCUCUCUGUGUGUGUGUGUGUGUGUGUGUGUGUGUGUGUGUGUGUGUGUGUGUGUGUGUGUGUGUGUGUGUGUGUGUGUGUGUGUGUUCAUGCGCGUUUGCGUGCUGUGGUGCAUUGCUGUGUGUGGUCUGUAUGUGUUUGUGUACUGUUUGUGCAGAUUGUGUGUAUGUACAUAUUUGUUCAGACUGAUGAUGGGAAGAAGGACUCGCACAGGAAAUCCGUCCAGAGCCUUAUCCGUUCAUGUAACUAGCUAGAUGGAACUCGCAUUAAUUUCUCGUGGACAAACUACAUAAACAUAAAUGGUACCGUAGCUCUGUCACGAUACAACGGCAUGUGUGAGAUAAGGAGCAGCAUUAGUUCCGGUGCUUGUGUUUAUCGUCACUGGUUAUUUGGACAAAUCACAAUUUUACUGAUUUUAGCAUCUUUAGAAUUUCAGAAGGGGAGGGGACAUUUGGCCUAUAAACUUGCCCGUAACUUGUAAAGAGAGAGGGUGGAGCUCUUCAUUCUGGUUCCGAUCCUCAUUCUAUCUCUCCUCUUAACGCGUAUGGACCCAGAACUUCAUCGAGCAUCUGACCAAUUACAGAGGACUUUAGUUCUGGGUUAACCAAGAUUACGCUUGUGUAAAAUAUUUGCAUUGAGUGUAUUUUGCCAAGUGAGUAGUUUGCAUGCGCCAUGACAGCUAACAUUAGCACUAUAAGCUUACACCCACUGACUGGCUGUGGCUAAAAUGAGCCUAGCUAUCUGCGUCUGCAUUGUGUCCAACUCUGUCAUGUUUCCGAGUAGAUUAUUUAUCACGAGCUCAAUUCCCGCCACAUUUUAAGCCCCACCUACACAAACUCGUGAUUUGUUGGGAGAGUUGUAUGUCUGUCUGAAGAGCACCCUCCCCAAAAUGGCCAAGAAAAUCUGACAUGAUCCUCAGACCUAGUGCUGUUGCCCUAGGUCUAGGAUUUCCGAGACUAAGUGUGGGGGGUAAUACAGGGCUCUGUUUCACAUCUGGGUGGCUUAUCCUCCACCUUUUUGCCCAAACUGCAACAAGUUACCAUUGGUGGGGGGCUUUUGUGGUGAGCAGGGCACUUCAUUUAAAACCUUCCUAAUUCUUGUCUAGACUAAGCGAGCUGUUAAUGAUUCUGUGUAAGGAUUAUCUGGCUCUUUCUGGGAGGAGUACCCCCCCCCAAACCUGAAUAAUGAGGGGGGAUACGUGACUGAUGUGCCCUUCACCCCUGACCUGCCAUUCCUAUUAGCGCUAGGCCCGCAUUCACAAAGACUCUCAGAGUGAUCUAAAAGGCAAAACUGAUCCUAUAUCAGCAGUCCUAUCUGAGAAUCUUUGUGAAUACGAUUGCAGGAAUCACUGACUGCACCCACUACCAGGCAAGCAGCACUUGUUGUUUUGAAUUGCAUGUCUGAUUCUGUGGUUUGCUUGCUGCCCUUUUAGGUCAACGGCGAUUGGAGGUUCAGUUCAGAGCUUGAAUAUAAUGUGAGCUAUUUUUAUUAGUGAUAAUUUCUUGUGAAUGAGUCUCAUUCACGCUCUGAUGCCACUGGUGGAGAAAACUCCAUUGGCUGAGGGCUCAAGUCAGUUGAACACACAUUGUAUUUAAGCAGUGGCUGUUUUUCCCAUGGUCAAAUAAAAGUAUAGACUAAUCACAGGUAGAUGCUUCCAGUCUCCAGAAUAAGUGUGUGCGUUCCAUGGCAGUAAAUUGUAAACUAAGACACUGUGUAAACAUUGCUACAGUGGGUUCAGUGGGUUCAUUGGGUUCGAGCGGUUCUACUCUUUCAGAUGCUUCCAGUUUUCCAAAUAAGAAGUCUGUUUUCAAACUACUGUAGGCCUACCCCACAUGCACACAAAUACACUGAAUGCCGGGUUUGAUUGAAUUCCAUCUGAUUUGUUUGAUGUGUGUCUCUCCUCUCGGCAGCGGGAGAGGUUUCUAAGGCACAGUGACACCGGCCCUGGCCCUGUGACUGACUGGCCCUCUCUAGACCCGGCUGCCUCCCCCACAGAGACCAGGGCUGCCCAGGAUGGCAGUGCCAGCUGUGCCCGGCCACGGGCCUGGAGUGUCCGUACCUUCCAGGACUUCCUCCCUCCACUGCCCCAGUUACAUAAGAAGUGGUGCAGUUGGAACUCCACCAGUCCCUUCACUAAGCUGGUGGACAGCGUUAGUUGCUAUUAUGUUAUUGGUCAUUCAGCAGAUACUGUAUUUCUUUACGUUUACAUUUUGGUUAUUUAGCAGACGUUCUUACCCAGAACGACUUACAGUCAUGUAAUGUAUGUUUGCAAGUGGAUUAUUUUAUAGCAAAUGUUUCAUUACUCGAUGCAUAAUGCAUAAACCAUGAAUAUCGGGUUGCACUGCAGAGGGAUAUGUGUUGACUAGAUAUUGUUCCCCCAGGCACCGUCCAGCUUUGUGUCAGACUGCCGUGGGGAGAACAGCAGGAAGGUGUUCUCCGACCCCCAGCUGGAGGCCCAGAACGACCGUAAUGCCUCUGACUCCUCCAUGAGUAACGACUCGUACCCCUUGGCUCAGCCAGCCCAGCGCCAGCGCCGCCUCAACUCCACGAGCAACCUUCGGCGUUCCCGCUUCACCGGGCCCUGCUUUGGUCUGCUCUCUGGGUCUGGCCCCUCAAACAGCACCAAGGCCCCCGGGGGCCCCCACCUCCAGGCCUCCCCGUCCGAGCCCAGUAACGGCCCCUCUGGGCAUGGUGUGAUUUCCCUCGAUUUCCCAGCGGAGAGCGACCACGUCAGUGUCCCUGUGUUUUCCAUCUGUGAGGAGGAGGACCGGCAGCCCCUGGUCCUGGCUGAGCACCUGGGCCAGUCCCCCAUGCUGAACGGACUGAGCCGGGGGCCGUACGAGGGGAAGGCGCCCGCCAGUGGAGGCCCCAACCCUGGUCCCCAGAGUCCAGCCAACGGCCCCCUCCUCCAGAGGGAGAGGUCAGAGUGGAGGCCAUGGGGGAGUCAGGCCUCAGGAGGGGCCAGUCCUUACCCUCUCCCUCAACCCUCUGACUCACCCACAGCCGCCAACCCCACCGAGUUAAAGUUUGCCUUCGUGCAAAGCACAGCCAAUCAUAUCCAGAUGCCUUCCCUCAGCCAAUCAACAGUGCCAUGCAGUGUGACGGCCAAGGAGAUGUGA